CUGCUCCAGAGACCACACCUGUGAGAGAGAGAAACACGCUUACACGUGAACGUGCACACCAUCACCACUAAGAACAGCCCUGUUCACAGCUUCCGUUCCAUCUACACUCCUGAACCCGGGACAAAAUGAAGGACUGGCGCUGGCUUCCCUUAGAAAGAGUAAUCUACCCCACGGUGGAGCAUCCCAUGUCCAAGAUGUCCCAGUCCUCCACCAGUGAUGAGGGUACGACAUUUGAGCACCUGUGGAGCAGCCUGGAACCAGACAGCACGUAUUUCGAGCUCCCUCAGACCAGUCAUCCAGAUAGGGGUGCGUCCAGCACCAUGCCCAACAACCGGGCCGAAGUGUGUAUGGACGUCUAUCAGAUGAGAGACCUGAAUGACAACGUCAUGUCUCAGUAUAGCUUGCUGAGCAGCAGUAUGGAGCAGGGUUUGGGGAACCGUGCUGCAUCCACCAGCCCCUACAGCUCCGAGACUGCCUCUAACGUGCCCACACCGUCAUCCUACUCGCAGCCCAACUCCACCUUCGAGGCCAUGUCUCCGGCCCCGGCCAUCCCCUCCAACACAGACUACCCUGGGCCGCACGGCUUUGAGGUCACCUUCCAACAGUCCAGCACCGCCAAGUCAGCCACCUGGACGUAUUCUCCGUUGCUGAAGAAGCUGUAUUGUCAGAUCGCUAAGACCUGCCCGAUUCAGGUGAAGCUUGCCUCGACUCCCCCGCACGGCAGCGUGGUACGAGCCAUGCCCAUUUACAAGAAGGCUGAGCAUGUGACUGAAGUGGUGAAGCGCUGCCCCAACCAUGAGCUUGGACGUGACUUCAACGAAAGUCAGUCAGCUCCAGCCAGCCAUUUAAUAAGAGUAGAGGGCAAUAACUUGAGUCAGUAUGUGGACGACCCAGUAACAGGCAGACAGAGCGUGUUUGUACCGUACGAAUCCCCACAGGUGGGGACAGAAUUCACAACAAUUUUGUAUAAUUUCAUGUGUAACAGUAGCUGUGUUGGUGGAAUGAACCGCAGACCCAUUCUCAUCAUCAUUACUCUGGAGACAAGAGAUGGUCAGGUCCUGGGUCGGCGCUCUUUCGAAGGCCGGAUAUGUGCAUGUCCAGGUCGAGACCGAAAAGCAGAUGAGGAUCAUUUCAGAGAACAGCAGGCACUGAACGAGAGCGUGGCCAAAAAUGGCAAUGUUAAUAAGCGCAAUUUCAGACAAACACCUCCCAACAUUCCCGGCCCUCCCAUAAACAUCAAGAAGAGAAGACAUGGAGAAGAGGAGAUGUACUACAUCCCAGUACGAGGCAGGGAGAACUUUGACAUCCUGAUGAAGAUAAAGGACAGUUUAGAGUUAGUGGAGCUGGUGCCACAGCAGUUAGUCGACUCCUACAGACAACAGCAACAGCAGCUACUGCACAGGCAUGGUCACGUGACCUCUCCGUCACCCUAUGGAACACCUCUGAGCAACAUGAACAAAGUCCACGGCAACAUCAGCAAACUUCCUUCAGUCAACCAGAUAGUGGCGCAUCAGAGCCAUCAGAACGCAGGACCAUCUUCCAGUAUGGUGCACAUGGGUCCGAACAUGCUGGGCGGCCAUCACAUGCAGUCGAACGGCGACGUGAACGGUGCGCACCCGGCCCAGUCGAUGGUGUCAGCGUCUCACUGCACUCCGCCUCCACCCUACAACCCUGACCCCAGCCUCAUCAGCUUCUUAACCAGCCUGGGCUGCCAAAACUGCAUCGACUACUUCACAUCGCAGGGCCUCCAGAGUGUGUACCACCUGCAGACCCUCUCCAUGGAGGAUCUUGGAGCUCUUAAGAUCCCAGAGCAGUUCCGUUUGGCCAUCUGGAGAGGCCUCCAGGACAUGAAGCAGGGCCAUGAUUAUGGCCAGCAGCUUAUUCGCUCCAGCAGUAACAUGGCCACCAUGGCCAUUGGUCCUGGAGGUGAACUGCAGCGGCAGCGUGUCAUGGAGGCUGUGCACUUUCGUGUGCGCCACACCAUCACCAUCCCCAACCGCGGCACCACAGCCGGAGCAGACGAGUGGCCGGAUUUCGGCUUCGACAUGCCCGACUGUAAGACUCGUAAGCACUCCAUUAAGGAAGAGUUUGCAGAGAGCGACAUGCACUGAGAUGUCUCACUAAGGCUCUCACAGAGACCUUGCCAAUUUGCUGCUUUACUUUUUUCUCCAUCAAGCUCCUUUCUUUUUUCUUUUUAAAAAAAAAAAAAAAAAAACUGAAAUGGACAGUUCUAUCGGUUUCAGUGUCAUGUUUAUCUUUUUUUAAAAAUCAGUUCCUUUCAAACUUUUUUCUUUUUCCCACUUUUAUAACAUGUAAAUGUGACAGGAGCACCUCCCAGAACUUUUUUUUUUUCAAUGGACAACUAGCAAUUUUAUAAAUUAUAUCAACUACAACACAAUGAUGUGUAUACUGUAUAGUGACUCACAUUAAUGGACCGAAAAAACAUGUUAGGACCAUAUUAUAACAACAACAGACUUCACAUCUGCAUGUCUCAAAGAAUGUAGACGACCUAUACAAAAUUCUAAACGAUCAUCAAACCACAAAAAUAGUUGUUGUUUGUUUUUCUGUAGCAUCAUGUUAUGUCUAGAUUUGGAAUGUUUUUGAAUGUGCAGUGGAAAUAACACUCAUAGUAAUACUUUAGAGUAGGAAGGAACUUAAAGGGCACCUAGUAAGAUAUAUUUCUCAAGAAUGACAAUUAUAGAGCAGUGUCAUAUUGAAUCUUUAAUUUCGUAAGUAUUUGAAAAGCAGUCUGUCACCAGUAAAAUGAAGCGACUAUCAGAAAUGUGCAGCUCAGCUUAGCUACAUGUCAAAAUCAGAUCAGUCUGGUGUUCCACUCAUAUAAAACCUAGUAUUAGUGAGUGUUAUGGUGUUUACUUGCCAUAAAAUGUAUAUUGCAAGACACUGGAGCAUUACAUGGUUUAGAUUUUGAUAUGUGUUUAAAGCAUUAACACUAGCUCAGAAAAAGAAACUGUCCCCAUAGUGUGUGGUAUUAGCCUUGCGGGACAAGGUUUUAUUUAUCAUGCCAUGCUGUUUUUAUAAUGACUUUUUUUUUUUUGUCCAUCAUUUAAAGUGGGAAUGACUUUAUUUGGCCAUACUAUUGGAACAAUAUUAAAAAAUAUUCGUGUAAUGACAUAUUUCUUCACCAGAACCCAGGUAUGUAUAUGUUUUGAGAAAUGACACGGUUUGUGCUUUUGUUAUUACACUGUUACAGAUUCAGUUAUUAAAAUUUUUAUGUAUUGCUUCCAUUAGAUAAACAACAAUGGAACAGAAUCGAUUCUGUGCAGUUUUAAUAAAUAUUUUUUAGACGUUUUGCUACCCGAAUAAUGAAAUACUUGCGCUGCCGCUGCAGUGUUGAAUCAUUGAACACCGCCUUGUUUGUAAAUGUAUAGUAUUAAGUAGAUCUUGUGAUAUUGUACUGUACUAUUAUUUUUUUUCUUACUGUCCCCCCUUAUUGUAUAUGCUUUUGGUUACAAACAGGCAGUUGUGAGACAUUUUCAAAUCACAUUUACUAUGAUAAUGGAUCACUUUAGCUACAAGAAUGUAAUGGACAAAAUGCACAUAUGCAUUUGUGAAAAGUAAUGAGAAUCUACCCAAAUCUGUUAAACUGACAGUUAAUAUUCCCUGUUUCACUAACGCCUGAUCAGUUCACAGCGCUCAAUGCUUUUUUCGAUGGGUGCUGGCUAAAAUCCACAUAAGAAAGCACUUUAUUGCUUUUGUAUAUUGUAAACACUGUAAUAUUUUUUGAUUGAUUGUGAUCAGUAUUAUGUCAGGUUAUUCAUAAGAGAUUUUAUGAAUGUUUUAAAGUUGAAUAGUCUUUUCUUUAAAAAAAAAAAAAAAACAACCAAAAAAACAACAUAACGUCUAUUUUUGUUCAUUUCCACAUUCAUGAAAAAUGAUGUUUAUGUUUGAAUUGUGUAAGGUUUUUUUUUUUUUUAAAUAUUAAUAUUAAAGUGUGUAUUAUAGUAAUUA